GUUGUGUAACGUAAUGUUGUCGAGUCAUGGUAGCGGUUGUUUAACAUGUGAACACAUUACAAGGACAACCGCUUUUGUCAUUACUGAAGGUCGUUUGGACUACAGUUAGAGACGAUAAGCAAGCUAAUAACAGCUCGGAGGACUCGCUCGUCUCCCUGGAGUAGCCUCGGUUACUAACAAGUGGACUGUGUACAGUGUUUUGACUUCACAGCUGCCUGCCUGGGAAAGCUGCAGCCAUGGUGUUUGUGCAGAGCUACUGUGCAGCAAGUUCCUCCAUCUCCAUAACCUGGGUGGAUGAAGGCAUCGCCCCCUGCUUCUACUUCACACUGGUCCCCACCAUCCUGCUCUCCCUCUCCUUCCUCCUUGGCACCAUCCACUGCAUAUGUUACCAAAAGUAUGGCACGCAAAUGGAACGCAAGUUCAUUCCUCGCUCCUGCCUCUAUGGUUUUCAGCAGGUCCUCCACGUCUUCCUGAUCAUCCAGUUUCUGGGUGGAAUGAUUUGGAGAGCCACGAGUGCAGAUGAGCUUCCAGGGUAUGUGGUGCUGUACGGCUGCUUUUCCAUCCUGGGAUGGGCCUGGGCUAUGGCUCUACUCAGGGUGGAGAGGCGCAGGGUCCUGGUGUCGGAUCGGACAGGAGGACACAGUGCCGUCCUGCUGCUGUUCUGGACUGUAGCUUUCUGUGCUGAGAACCUGGCUUUUGUCUCCUGGUACAGUCCUCAGUGGUGGUGGGGCCUGGAGAACAAACCACAACAGGUGCAGUUGUUCCUGUGGAUGAUGCGCUACAUUAGCACUGGGCUGCUCUUCUUCAUCGGUCUCAAAGCUCCAGGGUUGCCAAGGAGACCUUACAUGCUACUGAUAAAUGAAGAUGAGCGUGACGUAGAAAACGGUAGACAGAGCCUGUUGGGAAGAUCAGAGGAGAACCAGUCCACCUGGAAGGGUUUUUGGAAGAAGGUCCGUCUGCUUGUUCCCUACAUGUGGCCGCAAGGCAACAAGUUUCUCCAGCUGCUGGUCCUCUUCUGUUUGGGGCUGCUGGGAGUGGAGAGGGCUAUUAACGUCUUUGUACCCAUUUACUACAAGAAUAUCGUGAAUGAACUGACUGAUGGCAGCAGCUGGCACACUGUAGCCGUUACAGUGUGUAUUUAUGUCCUGCUUAAGUUCUUGCAGGGUGGAGGAGCAGGUUCCUCUGGAUUUGUCAGUAACAUGCGCUCUUUCGUCUGGAUCCGCGUGCAGCAGUACACCAAUCGACUGGUUCAAGUCAAUCUGUUUGGCCACCUGCACUCCCUCUCUCUGCGCUGGCAUCUGGGUCGCAAAACUGGUGAAGUACUGAGAAGUAUUGAUCGUGGCACAGCUUCCAUUAAUGGCUUGCUCAGCUACAUAGUGUUCAGCAUCUUUCCAACCAUUGCUGAUAUUAUCAUCGCCAUCAUCUACUUCAGCACUUUUUUCAAUGCCUGGUUUGGCCUUAUUGUCUUCAUCUGCAUGACCUUCUACCUCACCUUGACGAUCAUCAUCACUGAAUGGAGAACCAAGUACAGGCGAGAAAUGAAUCAGAUGGAUAACGCUGCCAAGUCCAGGGCUGUGGACUCCUUGUUAAACUUUGAGACGGUAAAAUACUACAAUGCAGAGAACUAUGAGGUCGGCCGGUUUGAGGGUGCAAUCUUAAAAUAUCAGGAAUCGGAGUAUAAAACCCAGGCAUCUCUGGCGUUACUCAAUCAAACACAGAACGCCAUCAUUGGAGCAGGACUGCUGGCUGGUUCCUUGCUCUGUGCAUACUUUGUCACAGAGGGAACGUUUCGGGUUGGAGAUUAUGUUCUCUUCGGUACCUACAUCAUCCAGCUGUACACCCCACUCAACUGGUUUGGGACAUACUACAGAAUGAUCCAGACUUCCUUUAUUGACAUGGAAAACAUGUUCCAACUUUUCGAAGAAGAUCAAGAGGUGAAGGAUGAAGUAAAUGCAGGAAGCCUUCUCUUUAAAUUGGGGAAAGUGGAGUUUGAAAACGUUUACUUCAGCUACAUAAAUGGCAAGGAGAUUCUCAGGGAUGUGUCCUUCACAGUUCUUCCAGGACAGACAGUUGCACUGGUUGGGCCGUCGGGAUCUGGGAAAAGCACAAUCAUUCGACUGCUUUUCCGUUUCUAUGAUGUUCAGGGAGGCUGCAUUCGCAUUGAUGGCCAGGAUAUAUCAAAGGUGAAACAAACGUCUCUGCGAUCUCAUAUCGGCGUGGUUCCCCAGGAUACCGUCCUGUUUAACGACACCAUCCGGGAGAACAUUCGCUACGGUCGCACCACUGCUAAUGACCAGGAGGUGGAGGAGGCUGCACUCGCUGCUGAUAUCCAUGACAAAAUCAUGACCUUCCCUGAUGGUUAUGAUACCCAGGUGGGGGAAAGAGGACUGAAGCUGAGUGGAGGAGAGAAGCAGAGGGUGGCUAUCGCCAGAACUAUCCUCAAAGCACCACAAAUCAUCCUGCUGGAUGAGGCCACAUCUGCCCUGGACACACAGACAGAACGCAACAUCCAGGCCUCUCUGGCCAAAGUCUGUGCCAAUCGUACUACAGUGGUUGUAGCUCACAGGUUGUCCACCAUCAUUGGAGCAGACCAGAUCCUGGUUGUCAAUGAAGGGCGGAUUGCUGAGCGAGGACGGUAAGUGUGCCUGAUUGUUUUGAAUGAAACUCCUGUCAUAACACAUACAGUUGUGAAAAAUAAAGCAUUUAUAGGAAUCUGUGAAAAGUUUACGGAGGGUCAUCA